GGCGGGGAGCAGGCAGGGGCCGGGCUGGCGCUGCGGCCAGAGAUGCUGUGGGGCCGCGACGGCGCUCAGCUGCCGGGAGCACUGCGUUGAAAACGUCGAGGUAAAGCGACUUCUGAGGACGGGGAAGUUUGAUGACACAGACCACUGAAUUUCUUUGUUUGGAGUCCACGUUAUGAACCCUUUCUGGAGUAUGUCUGCAAGCUCUGUCCGCAAACGAUCGGACGGCGAGGAGAAGGCAUUAACAGGGGACGUGAUAACCAGCCCUCCACGUGCCGCUUCGAAGAAACAGCUGCCUUGUAUUCCCAAAAACGCUUUGCCCAUAACUAAGCCUACAUCCCCCGCCCCAGCCGCACAGUCAACAAACGGCACACAUGCUUCUUACGGACCCUUCUACUUGGAAUACUCUCUUCUUGCAGAAUUUACCUUGGUCGUGAAGCAGAAGCUACCGGGUGUCUACGUGCAGCCGUCUUACCGCUCUGCGUUAAUGUGGUUUGGAGUAAUAUUCAUACGACAUGGACUGUAUCAAGACGGUGUGUUUAAGUUUACAGUUUACAUCCCUGAUAACUACCCGGAUGGUGACUGCCCCCGCUUGGUGUUCGACAUUCCCGUCUUUCACCCACUAGUCGACCCCACCUCAGGGGAACUGGAUGUCAAGAGAGCGUUUGCAAAAUGGAGGCGGAACCAUAAUCACAUUUGGCAAGUUUUAAUGUACGCAAGGAGAGUUUUCUACAAGAUUGAUACAUCAAGCCCCCUAAACCCAGAGGCUGCAGUGCUGUAUGAAAAAGAUGUUCAGCUUUUUAAAAGCAAAGUGGUGGACAGUGUUAAGAUGUGCACGGCUCGUUUGUUUGACCAACCUAAGAUAGAAGACCCCUACGCAAUUAGCUUUUCUCCAUGGAAUCCUUCUGUACAUGAUGAAGCCAGAGAAAAGAUGCUGACUCAGAAGAAGAAGCCUGAAGAACAGCACAAUAAAAGUGUUCAUGUUGCCGGCCUGUCAUGGGUAAAGCCUGGUUCAGUACAACCUUUCAGUAAAGAAGAGAAAACAGUAGCAACUUAAGCGCUGGUGAAUCUGGUGCACCGUGCACUUUCCUGCCGGACUCGGGCCUAGUUAGAGCUGACCGAUGGCAAAGGACUGCCGGAAGAGUAAAACUGUGCGAACGAGGACUGGUAUCAGUGUGUCCGUGUGUGCGUGGGUUGUAACAGCAAGUUUUGGAAACCUCUCUCUAAGUAAUGCAUUACUUCUGUCGGAAGUGUCUUUAGGGUGGUUAUCUAGUUGAGUACUCCAAAUUAUUGGAGACCUCGAGGCUUAAGUAUUUUCCUGAAUAUAACGCUAAAGGUAAGUUACAUUCAUUUAAACUAACAGAGUAGCAGAGUUCGGCACUCUCGUGACUCUGACACGCGUGGUUUCAGUUGUAUAUAAUGUCAGGACGAGAAGAGAGGUAGAGAGAACAGGUUCCGUAGCUGUUGAGCACUUGGAAGUGGAAGAUCAUCCGAACUUCAGUCCUCAGUCUGCUGUCUUACUGCUUUACAGACUCCCGUCGAUCACUGAGGUACACAUUAGGUGAGUGAGAGGAAACCAGAACACUUGUUCAUAGCUGAAGGUUUUUUUUCUUUUUUUAAAAAGGAAAUUACUUACUGUAUUUUUAUGGCAGGAGGGAGAAAGUGUUAAAACGGUUUCUAAUGAAGUCAGAUAUUUAAAUGAUAAAUGACUAAUGUGUUUUGUAGAAACAAAAUAAACCAAUAAAUGAUUGUUCUUUGUCAUUUA